UCCAGCCUCCGCCGCCUCAGCAUCCCGAGCGAGCCCCGCGGCCGCCGGAGCAGCUCCCGCGGCGGAGCCGGAGCCGGAUGGUCAGAGGAGCCCGGCAGCCGCAGCAGCCGCGGAGUCGCCUGGCCCCCAGACUGACUGGCACAGUGGAGAAACCACCUCGGAAACGGAAAAACAGAACUGAAUUUGCUGUUAAAGAAAUCAUGUCCUCUGGAGGUGCUGAAGAUGACAUCCCCCAAGGAGAGAGGAAAACAGUUACAGACUUCUGUUAUCUUCUCGACAAAUCUAAACAGCUGUUCAAUGGGCUGAGAGAUUUACCACAAUAUGGACAGAAGCAGUGGCAGUCCUACUUUGGAAGGACUUUUGAUGUUUACACCAAACUCUGGAAGUUCCAGCAGCAGCAUCGACAAGUCCUGGAUAAUCGGUAUGGCUUGAAGCGAUGGCAGAUAGGCGAAAUUGCUUCCAAGAUUGGGCAGCUCUACUACCACUAUUACCUACGUACAUCUGAAACCAGCUAUCUUAAUGAGGCUUUCUCCUUCUACUCUGCAAUCAGACAGAGAUCAUAUUACUCCCAAGUCAAUAAAGAAGACAGACCUGAGUUGGUAGUUAAGAAGCUGCGAUACUAUGCAAGAUUUAUAGUAGUUUGUCUUCUUCUCAACAAAAUGGAUGUUGUGAAGGAUCUGGUAAAGGAAUUGUCAGAUGAAAUAGAGGAUUAUACUCACCGUUUUAAUACAGAAGAUCAAGUGGAAUGGAACUUGGUGCUUCAGGAAGUAGCCGCUUUCAUUGAGGCGGACCCUGUGAUGGUGUUAAAUGAUGAUAAUACCAUUGUUAUCACGUCCAAUCGCCUUGCUGAAACAGGAGCCCCAUUGCUGGAGCAGGGCAUGAUUGUGGGGCAGUUGUCUUUGGCUGAUGCACUCAUUAUUGGUAAUUGUAACAAUCAGGUUAAGUUUAGUGAACUGACCGUUGACAUGUUCCGGAUGUUACAAGCCCUGGAACGUGAGCCAAUGAAUUUAGCUUCUCAGAUGAAUAAACCAGGAAUGCAGGAGUCAGCUGACAAGCCUGCCAGGCGAGAAAAUCCCCACAAGUAUCUGCUCUACAAACCUACCUUCAGCCAGCUGUAUACAUUCUUAGCAGCGUCUUUUAAGGAGCUGCCUGCCAAUAGUGUGCUUCUGAUUUACCUGUCAGCCACUGGCGUUUUCCCCACAGGUCGUUCUGAUAGUGAAGGCCCUUAUGACUUUGGAGGUGUUCUUACCAAUAGCAACCGGGACAUUAUAAAUGGAGAUGCUAUCCACAAACGAAAUCAGUCUCACAAGGAAAUGCACUGCCUUCAUCCUGGAGACCUGUACCCUUUCACAAGGAAGCCCCUGUUCGUCAUUGUGGACUCUUCCAACAGUGUCGCCUACAAGAAUUUCACAAACUUGUUCGGACAGCCGCUAGUCUGCUUGCUUUCUCCCACGGCAUAUCCUAAAGCUUUACAAGAUCAAUCUCAACGAGGUAGCCUCUUCACUCUCUUUUUGAACAAUCCUCUAAUGGCCUUCCUGUUUGUCUCUGGACUGUCAAGCAUGCGUAGAGGCCUAUGGGAAAAGUGUCAAGAGUACCUUCGAAAAAUCAACCGCGAUAUUGCCCAGCUCCUGACCCAUUCACGUUCAAUAGAUCAAGCAUUUCUCCAGUUUUUUGGAGAUGAAUUUCUUCGCUUGCUUCUCACAAGAUUUAUCUUUUGUUCAGCCACCAUGAGAAUGCACAAGAUUUUUCGGGAAACACGAAACUACCCAGAGUCAUACCCACAACUGCCACGAGAUGAAACAGUGGAGAACCCUCAUCUUCAGAAGCACAUUUUGGAACUAGCAGCCAUCUUGGAUGUCCGAAGCGUCUUCUUUGAAAAUACCAUCGAUGACUAUUAGAACCAAACCACUCCCGUUGAAACAGUUUUCAUUCUCCACAGAUUUUAAAUGGUGCAGUUUUCUAAUGUGAUGACAGACACAUAGUGUGUUACUUAGUUUUUACUUUUUGAUUUAGGACCACCAUUUUAAAAGCCAACUGAGAUAACAAGUUCAAACUUUUAGGGUCAUUUUUAAAAUGUAGUCUUUGAAGUCUUUUAAAGUGUCAAUCUUGGAAUUUUAAUUUUUUUUUUUGACAUCUGGAUACUUACUUGCAACAUCCAAUACUACAACUCCAGUAGUCACUUCUCACCUUGAGAAGAAAGUCGUUUGUUUUUCAUAAUGAGGAAAAUCCUACACUUACCCUUGGACCUUAUAUGUCUGGAUUUGGAUAAUAUGUAAUUGUUUAUAAUGAUGAAACUGGCCAGCAUGAACUACAGAAAAUCAAGAACAGUAUCCUUUCCUGGUAUUUCUUUUCAUUCCAUGUUAGUAGGAAAAAUGUGUGCUUCUUUGAAUCAUGGUGGCAGUUCUUGAAAUCAUUGAAUUCCUUUAAAUAAUGUCAACAAUUCAGAAUCCUUUAAUUGAUUUGCCUCAGAAAACUAAAUCUUUAAUUAGGACUUGACUUGAGGUGAUAACAAAUACUUGGAACACAUGACUCCUGUGUUACAUGACAUUUGUUUGCAUAGUUUUCUUUUGUAGUCUCUGCUGGAAAUGAAAUAGGCAAUGACAAAUAUUUCAGCCCAAAACACUCUCAC